GCUCUUCAUAAGAGAAGUAUAAAAUUGUUGAUCUAAAAAACUCAUUUAUUAUAUGUUUUGCCACGAUGGAACUAUCUACUUUUCUCAGUUUACUGUUCUUUGUUACAAUUUUUUCCUUGACGACAUGUAAAAAAAUUAGUAUUGAGGAUCUAGAACCACUUGAAACCGGGCUUCGUGAAUAUUUCCAAACGGGCCAAGCCACGGACGAAUUUCUCGAAACUUUACAUUCGUACGAAUUUCCUUAUUUGUUUCGAGAUGGAAUGGAAAAAGUUUACGACAGUGCAGCUGUCUGCUACAUGUGUAGUCUAGUUGUCGAUUUUGUAAUAAGUCAACGAAAAAAUUCUGGAAUUAGUCGUGAAACUAUCCUUGACGAAGCAACUUUUCUGUGCACUGAAUUGAAAAUGGAGCCAGAGAGGGUUUGUAAGGGUCAAAUGGAGCUCAAUAUUGAUAUUUUCUUGUACACAAUUGACAAUUACCCAAACUUUACCUCGAAUAGAGUUUGCGGGGCGUUUCUCCAGCCUCAUGGUUGUGACAAAGGUGAUGCUUUUGAAUGGUCGAUUAAUAUUCCAUCUGGUAAUUCCCCCGAACGUCCAAAACCCAACGGAACAGAUACUUUAACAAUUUUACAACUCAGUGAUAUUCACUAUGAUCCUAAUUAUACUCCCAAUGGCAAUGCCGCUUGUGGCGAACCUGUUUGUUGCCAACCGGAUCAAGGCGAACCUUCAAGUCCUGAAAAUGCUUGUGGGUAUUGGACAGAUUAUAGAAACGGGGAUAGUCCUUGGUAUUUGAUAGAAGAAACAAUUAGACAAACUAAAACCCAGCCAAUUGACUAUGUUUAUUACACUGGUGAUAUUAUCGUUCACCGAACUUGGGAAACUAGCAUUGAAAGCAAUACGGAAGCUAUAAGUAAACUCUAUUCCUAUUUUAAGGAUAGUUAUGAUGUUCCAGUUUUUCCGAUAUUUGGAAACCACGAAUCUCAUCCUCUUAACGUGUGGCCUAAUGACAAAGUCGUUGAUGAGAAACUAAGUAUUAAGUGGUUAUUUGAACUUGCGGCCAAACACUGGUCCGAGUUAAUUGGUGAAGAUGUUAGCGAAACGGUUUUAAAAGGUGGUUACUAUUCUGUUAGUCCUAGACCUGGAUUUAGGGUUAUUGGUAUUAAUAGUAAUGUUGCUUAUACUGAUAAUUGGUGGUUGAUGUACGAUGAUGUUGACCCUUAUGGACAACUGCAAUGGUUAGCUGACACUCUUAAAAAAGCAGAAGAUAAUAACGAAAGUGUUCAUAUACUGACCCAUGUCCCUACUGGUUGUUUUUACAGUUUAAUAGUGUGGAAUAGGGAAUAUACAAAAAUUCUUGAGAGAUUUUCUAAUACCAUUACUGGGCAUUUUAAUGGGCACACCCACAGAGACGAGUUUUCUGUUUAUUACAACCGUUCAAACCCGACUCAAGCUAUAGGAGCUGUUUUUAAUGGAGCUUCGGUAACUCCCUAUGAUCUUGCCAAUCCCAGUUUCAAAUAUUACCAUGUCGAUGAAACCACUUUUAAUUUACUAGAUUACGAAGAAUGGGCCUUUAAUUUGACUCUUGCCAACUCGUAUGGCUCUUCAAAGUUACCAGAAUGGUACAAAUUGUACAGUUUUGUUGAAGCUUAUGGUGUUGAUAAUUUGCUUCCUUCUGAAGUUGAUAAAGUUUUGUACAAAAUGGCUGAAGACCACUCUCUUCUCGAUGAUUAUUUCAAAUUCAAAUUCAGAAAUGGUGACCCUGGUAUUAGUGGUGGAUGUGAUGACUCUUGUAAGAAAGGUUUGUUGUGCGAUAUUGCGACAACUGUGUUUGGUGAAGAUGAGCAAUGUAAGCGUUUCCUAGACUUGUAUGAUCAAUAAAUUUAAAUAAACGUAUGCACUUAU